AUGGCUGUGACCACAACGAAACCAAGGCUGAUCGUCAGCAGCGACGAGGAGCCACAGUCCAUGGUAUAUCAAUUUAUUGUGGAUCCCACGCCCACAACGAUGGGACAGAACUACUACAUUAAGCCCGGCCAAUUGUUGGGCACGAUCAGCUUGGACUCCGGCACGCUGCACGUAAAGCACGAGGAUAGCAAGCGGCCCAUCAGCAGCAAGUUAAACAUCCUAUUUGUGGCCAAUGUCAAGGAGCAGGAUGUGUCCACCAAAAACACGCUCGAUGAGUAG